AUGAACACAUUUUCACAUGUACCUCCAGGCUUUCGGUUUCAUCCAACCGAUGAAGAGCUCGUAGGUUACUACCUUAGGAAGAAGGUAGCGUCUAAAAGGAUUGAUCUAGAUGUCAUCAAAGAUGUUGAUCUCUAUAAAAUUGAACCAUGGGAUCUUCAAGAGUUAUGUAAAAUAGGAACAGAUGAACAAAGUGACUGGUAUUUCUUCAGUCAUAAAGAUAAGAAAUACCCAACUGGAACUCGCACAAAUAGAGCUACAAAAGCAGGAUUCUGGAAAGCCACGGGAAGAGACAAGGCAAUAUACUCUAAGCAUUGCCUGAUUGGGAUGAGAAAGACACUAGUGUUUUACAAAGGAAGAGCCCCAAAUGGACAGAAGUCUGAUUGGAUCAUGCACGAGUACAGGCUAGAAACUAAUGAAAAUGGAACUCCUCCGGAAGAAGGCUGGGUUGUGUGUAGAGUGUUUAAGAAGCGAAUGACUACAAUGCAGAAAGUGGGAGAGUAUGAUCAAUCACCCUGUUGGUACGACGAGCAAGUUUCCUUCAUGCAAGAUCUUGAAUCCCCCAGACGCAUUUCUCAGCAUUAUGCAUCAUACCAUCAGCACCCCCCCUGCAAGCCUGAGCUCAUGGAAUUGCAAUACAACAACAUACCCCACGAUGCAUUCCUCCAACUUCCACAACUUGAAAGCCCCAAAGUUGCUCACUCAGCAGCCAGUUUGAGUUGCAGCUCAGUUGUCCCUUUUGGUUAUGAAAACAACAACAACAACAACAAUGGAAGCACCUUGCAGUUCUCAUCACUCACUCAGGAAGAACAGAUUCAAUAUUGCCACCAACAAAGUCAAAAUUCCCUCUAUUGUACCAAUGAUAAUGCGGUUGACCAAGUCACUGAUUGGCGAGUACUUCACAAAUUUGUUGCUUCUCAGCUCAGUCACAACCAAGAUGUUUCCAAGGAGACCAGUUAUUCCAAUGCACCUAUCUUCCAUGUGGCUGAACAAAUUUCUAUGGUUGACAAUGGAUCUAAAAAGGAGCAAGUUUCCCAGGAAUAUGCUUCAACAUCUACCUCCAGCUGCCAAAUUGACCUGUGGAAGUGA